AUGUCCAUCAUGAACUCGUUCGUCAACGACGUCUUCGAGCGUAUCGCUGCUGAGGCAUCUCGUCUUGCUCACUACAACAAGAGAUCCACCAUCUCUUCUCGCGAAAUUCAAACUGCCGUCCGUUUGAUUCUUCCAGGAGAGCUUGCCAAGAACGCCGUCUCUGAGGGAACCAAUGCUGUCACCAAGUACACCUCUAGCAAGUAA